GUAUUGCCUUGAACGGAUGUGCUUGGAUGAUGAUCUCGAGAUGAUUGCUAUGCUUUUAUACCUCUUGUACUGACUUUGGUACCCAUUGUAAGGAUGGUCGACAGCUGUGACAACAAAUCGAUUGAAAAGAAGUUUUUCGUAUUACCGAAUUUCGACAGCUGCCCAAAUACCACGCGAGUUAGACAAAAAGCUUUUAUUUAAUAAAUUCGUUCUUUCGUUCCUAUUAAGACAUUGGUUAGCCAAAUACAGGCGGCAUAACGUAUUUCAUAGCAGACAAUAUUAAGAUCUGGGACGAUAUCGCGUUGGUCGAAAGCUGAUCGGUAUACAACUAAGAAGUUAGAUGGCGUCGAUUUCACUGCUGGAUUUUUGGCGCUAUUUAAAAUAGGCUUCUAUUAAUUAAUUAAGAACUCAGGCAGGGUCGUGCCAUUUAUGAUUAUUUUUAUUAUUAUUUUUCUUGCCAAUUCCUAUGGACUAGGACCACAUUCCCAACUGACAAAAUUAUGGCUAAGCAUAGAAGAGUUUCUACACAAAGGGACAUAACCGAAAACACACUUAAUGUCGUUUUAAUAACGUUCAAGCCGACAGCAAUAGAUAUUUCUCCCCAUAGGUGGCGCCUGUGUGACACUGUUAUCCUUAAGCUGGUUUUAGUUGAGUAACGGGUAUCUGUUAGUCGAGAAAAUAUAGUAUAGCCCACCAUCUUUUAAAUUAUUUCGGGAUUCCCUAUAUACUCUGGAAAUCCGUAAUAGUAAAAUAUAUUUUUAUUCCUUAAAAGCACUUCACUUAUUAAAUUCGGUAUUUGAACUUAUUUCAUUCAGAUUUGUAAAGCCAAAAUCGUUAUACGCAGUUAUGUUAUUACGAAGUAUAAGAGUGUAUUGCUCCAGCCCAUCGUUUGUGCGAAUUUUUGGCAAACAAUAUAGGAAAAUAAUGCAAAAUGUAUAGGAACCAGCUGCGUAAAUUUGCCAAUAAUCUUUGCGUACGAAAGUCGCGUGGAAUUAAACGCCUAUAAAAGCCACUGCCGCCAACCAUCUGCAAUCCAAAAUCUGAAAGUCUAAGAUGAAGGCCACUACUAUUCUAGCCGUUGUUUCCGUGCUCACCGCUUGCCUUUUGAGGAGCAGCGAGGCGGUGACCUGCACCGCCGAUGCCACCGUCACAGGAUGCAUUGACUGCACCACCAGUCCAUCCGAUCCCGAGUGCGUGGCCGAGGCAGCCGCCGCCACCACCACCACAACUGUAGCAACGCCCACCACCACCACCACAACCUCAGCGACGGAGACCACCACUGCGGCCUCCAGCCCAAGCAACUCCUCUGGACGGCGGAAGAUCGUGCGCAUGAACAAUCUGCGCUACGCCAACGUUCGGCGCAUCCGCGUCAAACGGAAUCGCUUGCGGAGCACCACCGUCCAAAAUCGGAGGCGCAGGAACAACUCCAGACGUGUUAACGUGAGGAGGGCCAACGGAAACGUUAUUAUUGUCGGCUAAGAACGUGGAAUUUAAUAAAAUGCUCAACAAGAUAUGGAUUUCACGAAAUGUAUAUUAUUUUAUAUCAAAUUUACUGAAAAGUAUUCAAUUAUUGACUGGGCAUAACAGGAACUUACCUGCU